UAUCGCAGUUUUUAAUGUAAAGCCUAGCUUGUUGGUAUUAAUUAUUACUCUAUCGCCUAUCCCGGAUAUCGACAUUUGUUUUCCUCAAAAUUGAAUAACCAGAACGCCUUUGCCCCGCGUUAUUAAAUAAGCCAAUUAAUUAAAAAAAACUAAUUAAUGUCCUUAUAAUUCCCAGCGUGUCCGUAUCAAAAUGCGUUUACUUGCUAAAACUUUAUUAAUCAUUCCUCCGCGAUACAGCUUAAAAGGUAUUGUUAAAUUCCUGAAAUAAUUCAAUGAAUUAUUACCUAUCAUAUUUUUAAUACUGACGUUUGGUACACUCAUUAAUUACGCACGACUGUUCAUGACGACGGCAUUAUUGAAUUUAUUUCGCCCUGAAACUUACAAUCGCGACAACGCUCAUUACGUGAACACACUCGCGUGAAAACUCCGUUCAAAAAUUAAAUAGCAGUCUGUGGCCAAAACUUUUUAAUUCUUUUUUUUAAACGGCCGAAAAUUGUCACUGGCCAGUAAUUUUUGAACGCAGUUGCAAUGUACACUCCUCUGACACCUGUGCAGGCUGAAGGAAGGGUGAUGGGUCGAAGAUUUGUGCUAACCCUGGUGAUUGGGAUCUCGGCCGGAUUUAGUUUCGCGUACAUACUGUUAACGUCGACCGGAUCCUCCCCGUACAGAGACUUCGACAAGCACCCAAUCAUGGAUGUCCAAGACCACAGAUUCGACGAGCCAGCCCACAGAGACGAGGACCGGACGGAGGCGGACGAUUUAGCAAAGAAGGUCCGGGUGUUGUGUUGGAUCAUGACGCAGCCCAGCAACCAUGAGAAGAAGGCGCGGCAUGUGAAAGCUACGUGGGGGAAACGGUGCAAUAAGCUCAUCUUUAUGAGCUCGCAGGAAGAUGCAAAUCUCCCGGCAGUGAAGCUCCCAGUGGAAGAGGGGCGCGACUAUCUCUGGGCCAAGACGAAAGAGGCGUUCCGAUACGUGUACGAACACCACAGGAGAGACGCCGAUUGGUUCCUUAAGGCCGACGAUGAUACGUACGUAGUAGUGGAGAAUUUGCGCUACAUGUUGUCGGAGUACAACAGCAACGACCCCGUGUACUUUGGCUGCCGGUUCAAACCGUUCACUCCACAGGGUUACAUGAGCGGCGGGGCGGGCUACGUGCUGAGUCGAGAGGCGCUGGACCGGUUCGUGAACAAGGGCCUGCCGUCGCCGCACCUGUGCAAGGCCAGCGAGCACGGCGCUGAAGACGCCGAGAUGGGUAUUUGCCUAGAAAGGAUCGGCGUGAAAGCGGGGGACAGCCGGGACAGCCUGGGCCGCGGGCGGUUCUUCCCGUUCGUGCCCCGGGACCAUCUGUUCCCGAACAAGGACAAGGGCUUCUGGUAUUGGAAAUACAUCUACUACCCUUCAGACGAGGGCUUAGACUGCUGUUCAGACCACGCGAUCUCAUUCCACUACGUAAACCCUCAGGAGAUGUACAUAUUAGACUACUUAAUCUACCACCUCCGGCCGUACGGCAUCAAAUAUGGAGUCAGCGACGCCAAAACUAGUGCAAAUGUAGUAGGCAGUAAUGAAACUAAGCAAGGUACUCAGUAGUUUAACCUUUUAACCUAAGUAUAGUACUGAAAAUGUAAAAUAUAAGAAGUGUAUGGUUGAUAUGUGUGCUGUGCUUGUCUUAUAACGAUAAAAAUCUUAUUUAAUGUCAAACAAAGAGUCAUUGAUUGUAUGUAGUAUGUAUUAACCUUUUGAACGCCACACGACGGCAAUUGACGUCAAUGCAAAACUGUGACAACUACCCCAAAGACGGCAUUUGAUGUCGAUCGUUUUUUUAUGACAAUCUACUGAAAAACACCCCACUUUUAGGUUGGCAUUAUUUAUUCACAAAACUAAAUUUUUACCCCCGUGGCGUCAGUGGCAUGGCAAAUGGAUGCGUCGUUUGGCGUUCAAAAGGUUAAAAAGAUAUGUAAAUUCUAAGACAAAUUCGCGUCAAGUAUUUGACAGGUAGUGUAGAUGGCGCUUUGGGGCUCUGCAAAAAUUUGACAUCUCGCAAACACGGGGCCCGAUUUUUUCAUAGACUACUUCUUAUACAAUACAAUCAAUGAAGUUUUGGUUUCAAAAAGUCGGAACUGUUUUUUUAUGAUGCUAAAGCUCACUUGCACAGUUCCACUAACCCGGGGUUAACCGCUUAAACCUGGAGUUAUUAUGGUUACCAGUACAAUUUGGCACUUGGUUAACGGUUUAACCGCUUAACCCCGGGUUAGUGGGAUGGUGCAAGUGGGCCUUAAUGGACUUAGUAGAUAGGAUCUUUUGGUACAGUCGCAAUCAAAUAUAUCGGAGCGACCAAGGUGCUUACAAAUAUCUGAACACGCGUUUAUUUUCAAGGCGUUAAAGUGCUUUGUUUAGAAUUAAUUAUUUAAAAAGUUUACAUAGUUGCACUUUUGACUGUAUAUAUGUCUUACUGUAUUUAGUGACGGGUUCAGUGUUAGUAAAGCUAUUUAGAAGGUAUCUUAAUUGUUUGCCGCAUUUUUGCCAUACAAAAAGAACGCACGGGACUCGUAUUCAGAAAAUAUCUAGGUAAUUGUCUGCUGAUCUCAUACGUAGAUACCGAUAUUAAUAAAUCAAAUAUUUGUCUUACAGAAAGAAUAGUUAUGUGAUACUACAUAAUAUAUACGUCUCUCGUACUAAAAGGUUAAACUGAUAUUAAAUUAAUUAGGUACAUAAUUAGGUUAGUAAAUUCUGUUAAUUUUGGAUACUCGAGAAUAUUGAACGGAUGUUAAGAUCAAACUUAAAUAAGAUGUAACAAGAUGAAAUAGUAGACAAUAAUAGUUAUUAUAAUAUAUCUUGUGCAUAUAAUUUAUUGGAAUAACAAUUUCUUUUUUUAGUUCAAGUUUCGAUCAUUCUAAGUUGACAGAAUUUAUUAAUAACAAUAAUUAAAACAUAUACCAAAGGCCUACCGGUCAGUCAAUAAUAUUAAUACAUUUCUAUAUUGUAUAUAAUGUCCAAUGUCUUGUAUAUUUUGAGUUUUGAUAUUCUUUUAUCGUGUUGUUUGAAUUUGUAUAUUCGUUCGUAUGUAUAACUUAUGGAGUAUUUAUAAUCAUGUAAGCAAAAUCGUUAAUAUAAUAAUAUAUAAUAGAUUUAAGUUUUACGCAAAUGUUGUAAAUAAUAAUGUCUUGCGAAAAAGAACUGAAAAAAACACACGAAAAACAACUGUUUAUGAUGUGUAUUUCGGCAUUUAUUUCAUUCUUAAAUAAUGAGGAGAUAAAAAUAAUCUGGGUCCUUAUUUUGUAAAGCUACAUUUUAACAAGCCUUAAAUGGUAACACUGACUCUUGAAUCAAUGUUGCCAUUUUAGUAUAAUUGGGUACUUUCCUCUACUUGAAGUAAAUUAUUUCACGCUGUGCACAAUAUAAAACGUCAGAUAAUUAUUAGAAAAACAUAGAUAUACCAGUUAUUUUUAACCACAAUUUUUAUUUAAUAAAUGGGAUUGAAAUAUAAAAAGUAGAUGACUUAACCGUGACGUCACUAUACGCGUUUUCAUAUAUCUUCCAUAUUAACAAAUCGUUUUGACAGUUCUAAAAAGAAGCUGAUUUGACUAGUAGGAAAGUAGCCAAUUGUAAUGUGAAGCCUUAUAACAUGUUCCGUUCGUAUAGUGCUAUAAUUUGAUUUAGAACACAAGAUGUUGAAUUAAUAUAUGUCUGAACAGACCAUAAUAUUGGAGCUAGUUAUUAUAUAUACUAAACGUAGCCUAAUAAUAAUAUUCUUAGUGUAAAUAUUUAUAAUGUAGUGACAUCGUUUCUCGCGCCAGGGUCAUAUGGAGCAUUUAAAUCGUGCAUUUAAACGUAAUCGGGUGAAAGCUAUUAUUUUGACUUAUUUUUUACGAUACAUUUAUUAGAGUAAUUUUGUUGGCACCUACAAACACGCUUAGUUUAAUUUCUUAGUAGAUAAAAUCCUGCAAAAAGCGGGUGCUAAUGUCUGGUAUAUUAUGCCAAUUAUUCGGUGGAUUUUAACUUUAUACAAUUAUGCCUACUUUUAACCUUUUGACCGCCCUGUGCAUAGACCACACCAUUAGGCAAAUUUUUAAGAUUUUUUAUUUAGACCAAAUAUAGACGCUUAAAAUUCUAUGCUUCGAAAUUGCACUAAGGCUUAGCAAGGGCGGUUCAUAACCAAAUAAAAUAUUUAGUGAGACAAAAAAUAGCCAUAACCUGUACGUCAUAUUAGAUCACGUAUCAUAAUAGAAAUGCCAGUAUAAUAUAAGAUAUAAAUAGAUUAAGGUUUUCUACUAGUCUUUCUAAGUAAUCGAGAUUACCAAAGAAUAUUUAGAAUUAAGUUUCUUGAUUUUAGAGGUUCCUUUUUAUACAUACGAGAAUACCUGCUAAGCUAAAUUCUGAUUCAUAAUAAUUGUAUUUAUUCCUUUCGUUAUAAAAUUGGAUAUAAUAUUGUAUCAAGUUAGUCCUAAUCGACCAGUUUUAUUUAGGUACAUUGUAUUUUAAAAUUGCAAUUUAAAAAGAAAUUUCGCCUUAAAUUAAGUUUAUGUAAGGCGCCUGCUGUUGCUCUCAGCAAAUAGCUAUAAUUUUAUAUUUUUCGCCUUAUUACAUAAGACAAAGUGACUAUACAAAAUAUUUUGACAAUGUCUGUAAUUUAGAAGGCAAAGCUGUCCCACUACGUAUAACCGCCAUUUAACGUUUGACACGCAAUAGUCAAUUAUUAUACUGACUUAUUCAAAUUCUUGCGCGAAAAUUCCAAAUCAAAACUGGCUUUUGGCUUUAAAAGCCGUAACAGACGUACUGCAACCUGUAUGGGAACUGCACGCCAACUCUGCAGUUCUCAUACAAAUUGCAGUCAGUCUAUAUCGGCCCUAACGGCUGUUAUACGUGAUAGGACAGAGUACCUAGCGAAAGUGUCAACUUGCUUAUAUUUUUCUAUUGUGUGUCCUAUGUCAAUUUUGUUAAACUCAGCUCAAUUUGUUAAUAAAACCGGAUACACUGUUGGAAUCUGAGUUCCCAGUGAUCCUGUGAUUAUAA